AUGUCCAGCAGCGGGAGUAGCGGGUCAUCAAAUAAAGAGUCAACACCAAUAUCCAUUCCAGCAAACACAACUCGCCGGAGACGGGAUUCAGGCAACAUUACUGGUUUAGGACAAUCCCUCGCCGAAACUUGGCAAUCAUGGACUGGAAAUUAUAGCCUUACCGCUAGCACGUACAUGUCCGCAAAUAUGGUGGUGCCAACAUCUUUUGUUGGUGAAAAUCUUGAGCAAAGUCCUGCGGGCUCGCAAUAUUCAUCCAUAUUGUCUAAUCAAUAUUAUUCUCCACAAACGUACCAAUCUGAUUCACAUCUUCCUGGUUCUCACUAUGGAUCGAGUUUGAUGGCGAUCAGCGAAAGUUUAUAUGAAGGCGAUUAUCUAGGAACAUCAUAUGCAAGCAAUAUAAUAAGGAAUCCAGCCAUUAAUACUG